AAACAUUGAAACUCACUAAAACGGUGGCACAACCACUCUUUAAAGACACUCCCAGUUUCAAAUAUAGCCGUCACUUUAUUACGUUGUACUCACUUGAGUUCUGUCUCUCUGCUCAUCUCUCUCUCUCUCUCUCUCUCCCUCUCCCAGAUCAUUCGGUCUCGAAUAUGGCUCCUGCUGAUUCCAUCAAGCCUAGAGAUGUUUGUAUUGUUGGUGUUGCCCGUACACCGAUGGGUGGAUUUCUUGGAACCCUUUCGUCCUUAUCAGCCACCAAACUUGGAAGCAUAGCCAUUCAAAGCGCUCUUAAAAGGGCUAAUGUUGAUCCAGCACUUGUACAAGAGGUUUUCUUUGGAAAUGUUCUUUCUGCAAAUUUGGGUCAGGCUCCUGCUAGGCAAGCAGCAUUAGGAGCAGGUUUACCUAACACUGUUGUAUGUACCACCGUCAACAAAGUUUGUGCAUCAGGGAUGAAAGCAACAAUGCUUGCUGCACAGAGUAUCCAGUUGGGUAUUAAUGAUAUUGUUGUUGCUGGUGGCAUGGAAAGUAUGUCUAAUGUCCCAAAAUACAUAGCAGAAGCAAGAAAGGGAUCUCGGUUCGGACAUGAUUCUCUUGUUGACGGAAUGCUAAAAGAUGGGCUGUGGGAUGUGUAUAAUGAUUUUGCCAUGGGUUCUGCUGCUGAAAUAUGUGCUGAGAAACAUGGAGUGUCACGAGAAGAUCAGGAUAACUUUGCCAUUCAAAGCUUUGAGCGUGGUAUAGCUGCUCAAAAUGAGGGUGCUUUUACAUGGGAAAUAGCACCAGUUGAGGUUCCUGGGGGAAGAGGAAAGCCAUCAACGGUUAUUGAUAAGGAUGAAGGUCUAGGAAAGUUCGAUGCAGCAAAGUUGAAAAAGCUGCGGCCAAGUUUCAAGGAGAAUGGCGGUACCGUGACUGCUGGCAAUGCUUCUAGUAUAAGUGAUGGUGGUGCUGCAUUAGUCCUGGUCAGUGGAGAGACAGCAGUUAAGCUGGGGCUUGAAGUGAUUGCGAAGAUUUCAGGUUAUGGCGAUGCUGCUCAGACUCCAGAGUUAUUUACAACUUCUCCAGCGCUUGCUAUACCAAAGGCUAUUUCUAAUGCUGGCAUAGAGGCCUCCCAAGUUGAUUUUUACGAAAUUAAUGAAGCCUUUGCAGUUGUGGCUCUUGCGAACCAAAAGUUGCUUGGCCUUAAUCCAGAGAAAGUUAACAUACACGGUGGAGCUGUAUCUCUGGGACAUCCUCUAGGUUGCAGCGGCGCCCGUAUCUUGGUUACUCUGUUGGGGGUACUUAAAAAGAAGAAUGCGAAAUAUGGAGUUGGUGCUGUGUGCAACGGCGGAGGGGGUGCAUCGGCACUGGUUCUAGAGCUUGUCUAAUUUUCAUUACCAGGCCAAUCACAUAGGAUAAUUGUUUGAAGACUUGAGGCUUAUAUAACCUUCCAUAUCGCGUGCUGAUGUGCUGAAAUGCGCCGUCUUCCAAGUUCCAAAUCCUUUUCUUUAGAAGAAAAACUUGGGAUUUCUUUUUUAUCAAUCCAACAGAGUGCAUAUUUCUUCCGAGAUUAAUAUUAUAGAUCCGCUUGUCUGUUUCCAAAUAUGUGUUGCUGACUAUAUCCGUUUUUUCUUUUUACUAUACAUGCCCAGUGGAAUCACAAACAUUUGAUCAACUUGGGGAACUUGGUUGUCUGACUGGGCUUAGAGCCCAAACUUCUGUACUUAUAAGUUUAAGUCAAGUAUCCAUACCGUUUGUAUAAAAAAACUUAUAUGCUAGUUUCUGACAAACCGAGUAUGAAAGUGAGAAGUUGAAAAUCAUAACUUUUUUAGUGACUUA